UGGGCGGCAAGCCACCGCAGCUGGUCGGCGGCAAUGAGCUCUUUGGGAUUCGUCCCUGCUUGCCAUGCGAAGAGAGGUCCCGCCCGUCUUUCUUUCGCCAGGAAUGGUGGUUGCUGUAGUGCGAGUACGAGAACCCAUGCAGUUUCUUUUUUUUCCUGCCAGCGACUUCGUUGCUAUUUUAAACACAGAAUGCACUUCAGCAGCCGCGCGCGGAAGCCAUCACAACCACAAGCCCAGCCAUACCCCCCUCCCGGCCCUGCGUCUUUUUUCGCGAAGAUCAUCAGUCGAUGCUUUUAUUUUCCCUUGCUUCUUAGGAAUUUUUUUUUUCUUACCCGUUUCCACGGCUUCUUCUGAACCGCAAUCGCUAGCACUAACACAUGCCGUGGCGUUUGGAACCCCAGUGCGCCCGUCAGCAGACGCUGACAGUUUUCUUCUUCUCCGCUAGUACCUUUUCUGCGCGCAUCUCCGGGUUUGCGGUUAUGCUAUCCGGGGCGGUAAAACGCAUUUGCCCGUUUGCCGUGUUUUGUCAACGAGAUGCAUUCGCCAGUUUAUUAAUCGUGUUAAUCUCUGUGUG